CGCCGUAUAUAUUCAUAUUUCAUAAAGCGAUCCUCUGCUCCAUCCGAUUUCAAAUCUCCGAUCAAUUUCUCAUAAAUAUACGGUGAUCUUUGCACCGCCGAGAACCUAGACGACGUUCUUCUCCGAUCUUUUCCUUUUAUCGAUAUGUUGUUGUCACCGGGCCACUCCCCCCGCCACCUGUCGACUCCGUCACCGUCCCCAGCCAUAACCGACCAGAUCCCUAACCCUAAUUCUUCCGCUAUCCACAAGAAAAACGACAGCAGUUCUUCGUCGAUUACAGAUUCAGCCCCGAGAAAUCGCAGGACCAGAGUCCUCGACGAAGAUACCUAUGUCGCCGCCAUAGAGAAGAUCAUCGAGCGGGAUUUCUUCCCUGACAUUCCUAAGCUACGGGAUCGACUCGACUGGCUCGAGGCCGUCCGCACGGGCGACCCGCUCCAAAUUCGCGAUGCGCAGCUGAAAAUUAUUGAGCGCCGCCGCGGCAAGGUCCUCGGUUCCGACACUGUAGGUAAAUUUCGAACCCCCGGCUCGACAUUUUUCAGAAACUCUGCUACUCCCUUUGAUGAUGCUUACAAGACCCCUACUCCAAGUGUAGCGGAUAAUGCUAAUAAUAGUAAUGAUAAUGCUGUUAAUAUUGGCAAUGGCGGUGAGGGUGGGGUGGAUGUGUCCUUGUCAUUAGAUGAUUUUAUGAGGAGGUAUACCAGCGAGGAUAAUGAGAGUUUUUCUAAGAUUAUUGAGAAAGUGAAUAGGAAGAGGAAGGAGAGGUACGGGUAUUUGUUGGAGGGAGGAGAUGAGGAUGACGUGAAGCUGAUUGAGGGUGCAAAAAGAGAGAAGGUAUCUACUGAUGGAUAUGGAACAUCAGAUCAACCCGUGGCCACAUUGGAAGGUUGGAAGUAUACUGCCAAGAAUUUGCUCAUGUACCAUCCCUCUGAUAGAGGGGAGGCACCAUUGACAGAAGAAGAGAGGGCUGAGAGGCUCAAGGGCUUGACAAAGGAGAUUAAUAUGUCAAAUACCCGUUUUCAUGGUAAAAUGACAGAAGCUCUACUGAAAGAGGAUGAGACGGUGGCUGUGCUUUAUUCACCUGUUCCUGGAUCUACACCUAUUCCUUUCCUUGAUAGAGGUGGGGACAAGUCGAAGAAAUAUGAUCUGGAGGACCUGAGGAAGACACCAAAUCAGUUUUAUGCGGAGUCUGGGAAGAAAGCUGAGAAUGGAUACAGUUUUGUUAUGACUCCAUCCCCUGCACCAGGUGUGGAUGAGUCCCCUUUUAUUACAUGGGGUGAAAUUGAAGGGACGCCAUUGAGAUUGGAACCAGAAGACACUCCAGUUGAUAUUGGGGGUAAUGGAGAGGGGCCUCACUAUAACAUACCAAUGCCACCUUCCAGAGAUAUCAAGGCACAUUCUUUAUCUCGGGAAGCUUCCCGUAAACUUAGAGAGAGGUCAAAGAUGUUUCAGAAACCACCACUGCCCUCACCGGUUCGAGGAGGAAGUGCUAGUCCAAGUGCACGUACUCUAUCCCCAGCUGCACAAAAGUUUGUGAGGAAUGCUAUUGCCAAGUCUUCUCGCUCUUUAGAUGAAUCUCUAAGGGCUAGUUAUCGUGGCUCAAGUCCUGGGUUGAGCACUCCUAAAGCUGGUAGGAGUAUGUCAAGGUUAGGAAGAGACAGUAGUCUGGCUUCAAGGUCACCUUCUGUUAGAGAGGGGUCUAAUCCUCCUUGGUAAUUGUAUGCCUUGUGUACUAAUCCAGCAAUUUCCUUCUGACUGUAUUAUAGUUUGCCUUACUUGCAACUUCAAUGGUUAUGAAGUUGAAACAUGUUAGUUUUAUUUCAUAAAGGUUGUAUUGAUUGAUAUAUUAUCUAUUUUAGCAUCUAAUUAAACUCAACCCCCAUGAUGAGGCA